AUGGCGCAGCGCCUUUCCUGCCUUGGCAUCGCUAUUUUGUACUGGGACUGGUCUCAGGACUGGAAGAACAUGCCCCUUGCUCCCGUCUGGGACGUUGAGGGUGGUUUUGGGGGAGACGGUCAGCGCGACACCCCUAUCACAGUAGGAGAGGGGCGUUGCGUCAGUGAUGGGCCCUUUGCCAAUGUUGAAGCGCAAUAUUUUGGUGAUGAAGCUAAACCACACUGUCUCUCGCGUGGUUUUGCGUCCGAUGCACAUAUCGAGCGUAUCGGAGAACCGAUCUCGCCCGACGCACUCGAGGAACUGCGUGAGAGAUCGACGACAUUUGCUGAGUAUGCUCCGGAGCUCGAGCACCGAGCCCAUAUCUUCAUGCGCGACGGUGUUCGGGGCGAUUUCCGCGCGUAUACGGGACCUUACGACCCUGUGUUUUUCCUCCACCAUGUCAAUAUCGAUCGCUUGUGGGCCCUUUGGCAGACAUCCGCUACAGGUGGGGAUAUUGCCUACGGCGGGCCGCGACAUGAUACUGCUGGCGCUUCAGCUGCCACGGUGGACGAUGUUUUGAACAUCGGCAACCUCUUACCCUCAGUCCCUGUUUCUGCAGUUAUUCACACUUCGAACGGGUUUCUGUGCUAUCAGUACUAG